AUGGCGUCAACAGAAUAUGCGUCGAUUCUGAUCAGAUAUCUCCAGAAAGCCCAUGAGCUCUUUGAGCAUUCGGAUACGAAGCAUGAUGAAAAUGAUACCGACUCUACGGCCAGUGCCAUGAUACAGCUCCUCGCCAGGCAAGCUCAGGCAAUAGUUACAUUACACGAGAAUUUGUCUCAUAACGAUAACAAAUGCAAAGUCGACGAAGAACUCCUUAAAAAAAGGAUAGCAGACUUGAUAUCUAUCUCGUUAUCUAAAUUUUACGCUUACCGCUACGAUCUGCUUCCUCUUGUAUGGCGUCAGAUAUACACUGACGCUUGUGUACUGGAAUCGUUCCAAAUCCUCCUACGUCCUCUCUCUGCAGGCAAGAACCCUUCGGAACAGGCCCUAGAUGCAACUGUUGAGAAGCUCGACAGAGCACUUAUCACAGCCGGCGGCGGAGGACAGCCCGAAUGGCUUGAGAAGACAUUGUCGCUACUUGAAGAGGCAUGGAUAGCCGGUGAACAGAAAGAGAGGCCAUUCAAAAGUCAAAGGCAUGACAAAUCAUCUCAACGGGAGUUUUCGAGUCGUGAACCCUAUGGACGACCAACACUCUUGCCCAAGAGGGAGUGUCCACGGUACUCCGGGUGGACAAUGCUACAGUUCGAGGAUUAUAUGAACAGCAACGAGGGUGAGCCUCGCCCCAUUGUCUUUACAGAUUUAAUUCGAGACUGGCCUGCUCUCGCAGAUCGACCAUGGAGAUCUCCCGAAUACCUGCUGUCCAAAACAUUUGGUGGAAGACGUCUCGUGCCAGUUGAACUUGGACGGAGCUACGUUGAUGACGGUUGGGGACAGGACUUGAUACCGUUCCAUGAAUUUCUCAGCCGUUAUGUCGAAAAUAAAUCUUCCAUCUCCGACAAAACCGGCUAUCUCGCUCAACACAACCUCUUCCAGCAAAUACCAACACUACGCAAUGAUAUAUAUAUCCCAGACUUCUGCUGGGUCGAUGUUCCGCCUCAUCCCACAACACCGUCUCUCAAUCAACCACCUGUCGAUGUGCCCCAACUUAACGCCUGGUUCGGUCCCGCCCGCACCAUCACACCUCUUCAUACAGAUGGUUAUCAUAACUUGCUUUGCCAGGUCGUUGGCACGAAGUACAUCCGUCUGUACCCUCCGCGUGCUACGCCUGCAAUGCGACCCAGAGCGCCCGAGCAUGGUGUCAAUAUGAGUAACACGAGUGAGUUGGACGUGGGUGUCCUUGAAGGGUGGGAUGAUAGACCCGAGGAUAUGGAAGAGGAAGACUUGGAAUUGAUGAGGAGGGAACUAGAAGGUACUGAAUACUGGGAAUGUAUACUAGAGCCAGGGGACACAUUGGUCAUUCCGAUCGGGUGGUGGCACUACGUAAGGAGUUUAAGCGUGAGCUUCAGUGUGAGUUUCUGGUGGAACUCAUGA